AUGAAGCUUCGAAAAGAGAUAUACGAAAAUGGUAAAAGGAGAGAAAAACCCCAGGAUGGUCGAUCCAUCAACGAUUCCAACAAGAGGCUGAACAUGGGAUUCUCGGAGAACAAUCAUUAUCAAAGACCGUCUCUCCAAUGUAAUAAGUGCGGUAAGCAAGGGCAUUUGGAAAAAGAUUGUCGACAAGGGACAGGUCAAUGUUUCCGAUGCGGUAAACGAGAUCACUUGGUCAGAGAUUGUCCCAUGCCAGAUUCUCGAAACCAAAGCGCAAACCACUACGAUCCUAGACGAAUUCAAGGAAGCGGACAAAUUUCCGGAUAUAAGGGCACCACAAGUAACACCAACGUUAACAGAAACCCUGCACGAGGAUCUUCGCAAGCUGGAAGAGUAUACGUGAUGCAAUCAACUGGAGCUGAAAAACAUGAAAAUAACGAUAAUGAAACCUUCUCUACUCCCGAUGCUUAA